GACAUCACCGCGGAGCAGAGUGAUUCCUAUUGGCUGAUUCCGGCGUCACAAUGCGGAAGUUGGACAAUUAGCUUCAGACUAAAACUUCCACCUCUGGGCAACAUCUGAUAUUAGAAGGGAAAGAUUUGCAGACAGAAAUCUUAAACCAAACAUCACGUCAAGAUCUGACCAAGUCGGUCAAUUCAUUGGGAGCUGAAUAUCAAUGGCCUUUGAAGCUAGAAGGAGAAAUGUUUGUUUGUUCUGUCUGCUUCAGAAGGUUUAAAAAUCAGUGUUAUUGAAAAAGCACCGAGACACACACACCCGAAUGAGAGUGUUCCAGUGUACUGACUUUGGAAGGAGAUUUAACCAGAUACGCAGCCUGAAAAAGCAUCCCCAUUUACUGCAGCAGGAGGGGCUGUACACAUGCUCUGUGUGUGGACCGCUCAGUUGGUCAUGAAUCUGAAGAGACCCAAGGACACCUGCAACAUGGAGAAACAGUGGAGAUGUGGAGACUGUGGGAAAGGAUUCAUAACCCCAUCAAAGCUGGAAAUUCAUCAACGCAGUCACACUGGGGAGCGGCCGUUCACCUGCCCUGUGUGUGGGAAGGGAUUCACUCAGUCAUCCCACUUGCAGACACACCAGCGAGUUCACACCAGGGAGAGACCGUUCACUUGUUCCGAGUGUGGGAAGGGAUUCUCUCGGUCAUCCCACCUGCGGAGACACCAGCGACUUAACACCAGGGAGAGUCUGUUCACCUGCUGCGUGUGUGGGAAACGGUUCACUGAGUCAUCCAGCUUGCUGAGGCACCAUAUCACUCAUACCAAUGAGAGACCCUUUAAAUGCCCUGACUGUGGGAGUGGCUUCAAAAGUUCUCAGGAACUGAUGUUUCACCAGCGCAUUCACACUGAGGAGAGACCAUUCAGCUGCCCUCACUGCACAAAGAGAUUUAGAAGAUCAUCCAACCUGUGGGAACACCAGUGGGUCCACACCAGUGAGAGGCCAUUCACCUGCUCUGAGUGUGGGAAAGGAUUCAUUCAGUUGUCCAAAUUGCAGAUGCACCAGCGAGUUCACACUGGGGAGAGGCCGUUCACCUGCUCUGGUUGUGGGAAGGGAUUCAAGGAUUCAUCCACCCUGCUGAGACACCAGCGAGUUCACACUGGGGAAGCCCUCUUAUUUGCAGACAGGAAGAACAUGUACACAGAUUCACCUGUUUCAACUGAAUAA